GCACAACUUGCAGUCGCCGACAGGUCGCACCGUGGAUCGACCGAUGGACAUCACGCUCCUCGCAUCGACCAAGUACGUUGAGGACCGGUACAAAGACCUCAAGCGCAAGCGUCCGGACGAGAAGGAGCAAGCGCCGGCGUCCGAGACCGCGCUCGUCGGUGGCAUUUCGGCGGCGAAGCGCUACGAAGCGCUGCUCUUGUCGCCGUCGACGAGCCCGUCGGUGGUCGCGACGCUCGACCAAGGCGCGCUCGUUGCGACGCUCGACGACCUCGAACACAUGUGGCCCAUGACGUUACUCGAGAAGAAGCACACGGUGCUGUACCUGCUUUUGGAUCAACUGGCCAAAGCUUCGCCCGCCGACGCCAAGGACGCUCCGCCAAAGCGAUCGCCGGCGCCUCUGCCCGAGGACGAGACCGACGCGUGCGAGUCCCUGCCGCUCUCGACCCAAAUCGCCGUCAAGCUCUUCUUCAAAUUGCUCCAGUCCGUGCGCAGUCGGAGCGCAGCGAGCGGCAACUUUGCGCCGCUCGGACGCCUCAUCGAGCAAGUCCCGGCCAUGCUGCUCGACAUGCCACCGCUGGCGCUGGCGCCCGAGCCCGGCACGAAGAGCCCGACCGUCUUUGACGAGAUGUUUCGUACGAUCGUGGUCGCGCUGCCGCAGCUCGCCGACGUCGGGCACAGCCUCGCCGCGUUGAUUGGCCUUAGCAUCAAGCGAGGUCGGCUCGAGCACAUCCUGCUGGUGCUCAAGCAGCUCCUGAGCAUGGAUCCAUCGCUGUCGCUACCACCGAACGUCGGUACCUUCCUGCGGGAACUCGUCACCGCCGUCGCUCAGCCCACCGAGACGACCGCCGAGACGACGUCAUCGACCGGGAUGCUUAUGAGCUUUGGGAAAGGCGACCACGGCAAGCUCGGCCACGGCAGCUGUGCGCACGCGGGGUGCGCCGACGGACGGUGCACCGAGAAUAAGUCGACGCCGGUGGUCGUCGAGGCGACACGGGACGUGACGUUUCGCAAGAUUGACUCGCUCUCGACCCACAGCGUCGCGAUCACGUCGAACGGCGAGCUCCUGUCGUGGGGCAAUGGCGACAAGUACCGCCUCGGCCAUGGUGACGCUGCCAAGGAGUACGCGCCGCGCCUCGUGGAAGCCUUCCGAGACAAGCCGCGCGUCCACGAUGUCGCUUGCGGUCUCGGACAUACUGUCGUGCUGCUCGUGAACGGCGACGUCUACGCCUGGGGCAACGGCGGCAACGGGCGUCUCGGGCUUGGCGACACGUCGGAUCAAAUGCAGCCGUGCAAGGUCAUGCUGCCCGACGAGAUUGUCGAGAAAGAGAGUGACGCAUGGCUCGUCAGCGCCGUCUUUUGCGGCGCAUCGCACUCGCUCGCCGUGACCAAGCACGGUCACCUCUUUGCGUGGGGCAAAAACAACCAAGGCCAGUGCGGAGUGGGCCACACCAACGACGAACUGCGCCCUGCGCAUGUCUCGUACUUUGACGAAGCCGACAUGCGGGUCUCGACUGUCGCCGGAGGCUGGGAACACACGCUCAUGUGUACGACCGACGGCAAGGCGUUCGCAUGCGGUUGCGGCUACAAGGACAGUCGGCGCGCGGGGCUGCCGCCCGUCUUGGGGCUGGGCAUCAACGACACGGACCGCCGCACCAAACCCACUCCAAUUUCGACGUUAGACCAGUGCGUCGCCGUGGCUUGUGGCUGGGACCACUCGCUCGCCAUCACCAAAGACGGCGGAGUCUACUCGUGGGGCUCUGGCACGAACGGCAAGCUUGGCCACGGCGACGAAGAGAACCGCGACGUCCCGACGCAAGUGCUCGGACUCAGCGGCAAGGUGGUUCGCGACGUUCGCGCGGGCUGCGAGCAUACGACUGCGAUCACUGCGUCCGGGGAAAUGUAUACGUGGGGACACAGCGACAGCGGGCGGCUUGGCCACGGCGACAACGUCACGCGCAAGACACCGUGCUACGUCGAAGCGUUUGCGUGGCAAGGGCUCCGGCCGGUCGCGAUCGCGGUCGGCGACAAGUACAACCUCGUGCUUGUGCAGCCGAUCGGCGAUGACGCCGGGUCGUCCAACCAAGUGGUAGAGACGACGCCGACGCCAUUGGCCGACAACGACACUGAUACGACGAUGGCGACGACGGCGUGGACCGUCGGCGCCGCGCACACGACGAUGCUCGAACAGCUGCACCGUCUCGCGUAUGCCUACGUACCGCGGGAGGACGCGGCGCUCGUCGAGAAGUUACGGCAGGUGCACACGCACCCGGCAUCGUCGCCGCCGUCGUUGGCCUACGCCGUCGACGUUUCGGCCAGCACGUUCGAGCUGCUCCUCGAUGUGUUGGCCUUCGAUGGCCAGAAGACCAAGACGGCGUCGACGCUCGGGUGUCUGCAUUUGAUCCAGGCCAAUCUGCUGCGGUUUUUGAGCUGCCCGCACGUCACACUACCGGCGUCACUGUUGACCAAGCUGCACACUGCCCUCCAGACGCUGGCGACGACGAUGGACGGAGAGAUCGCCCUGGCCGCCGCGACAGCGCUCAAGAUUGGGUUUCCGUGCUUUUACGCAUCGCCCGCUGCUCAGCACGCGCUGUUCUGGGACCUCCUACUGGUACCCGAAGCGUCGCAGUCGGUGCUGCUAGACGCUCUCGUCGACCCGCUGUGCCAGGAUCACGUGGUGCUGGGGCUCAUGGGUCGCCUCUUUGGACAGCUGGGCUGCCAUACGUGCGCGAUCGACACUGUCGGCCCCGACGCUUCAGCGCCGACGGUGGGCGACCUACGAGCGCUUUUGCUGCGUCUCGUCACGAGCUGCGUCGAGACGAGUCCAGAGAAGGCGAUGUCGGCACUGCAGCUGCGGGUGCUCUCGGUGCUCCAGACGCAUGUGUUUGCUUGCUGGCACGCGCCAAGCGUCUACUGCAUCGACUGCGUCGGAGCAGUUCUGGGCCCGUACCUCGAGAGCCUCUUUGGUCAAUGCCUCGUGCUACUCAAGGCCGUGCACAGGCGACUACUGAAGGACAGCGACCUCUCGACGCUGCAGCCCUCGUUCUUCCACGCCCUCGCGCCGCUCGCGAUCGAGUGCUGCUGCGUCUCCCGGCUCCGGUCCAGCGAGUCGUUUGGCCUCCGCCUCCUCCCGACGCUACUGCCGAUGCUCAAGCUCCUGGAUGAAAUCACGUACAAAGCCACCCAAGACACGCGGUCGAGCAACCAAUCCCCGAGCAUGGACCUCACGUGGAUCAGCGAGCUCGAGAACGCACUGGCGCUGCUCGUCGGUCGCUACACGAGCGCGCUCAUCGGGUCGUCGCGCCCAGUUGCUUCGCCAUCGACAACGAUUCCGACACCACUGCGCUUGUUGUGUCGCUACGGACAAAUUGUCGACGGGACGCCAGCACCACCGAGUGCCCUUCGGCGAUGGGAAGAGAGUGGGGUCUUUGAGGUCGAGAAUGAGCUCCAAGGCGACAUGACGCCGCCGCCCGACGUGACGCUCGAACAUAUUGCAAUCUGCGACUGGUGGGCCGGCCACGGCGUUCUCCAGCACUUGGACAAGUGGAUGCGCUAUCAUAUGCAGCUCUCGUGGCUUAUGCCGCUCGCCUCGGUGGAGAGUACCCGGGGCAUCGGACCUCUUUUGCUCUGGCACGCGGGUCUUGCGGCCACGGCACUUGCGUUCGCCUCAAGUCUCGAUGUCCAGGCGCCGUUGGAACCCGGGGCACCGCCCACGCCCCCCGAGCCGUUGCUGCAGCUGUGGACGCUUCUGACGUCACUACCGGUGCACGUACUGUCCGAGGAUGUCUUUUUAGAGCAAGCACGCCGGCUUUUGACUUACUACCCGAGUCAGUGCAGCUGGACACUGGCCACGACCGACACCACGCCUCCGUCGCACUGCUCGUUUCCUAACUGCACGCUGUUUGGGUAUCGGGCAUAUACGCUCUCGGUGCCGCAUCUUGUUGCGCUUUUGCAGUCGCCACUGAGCUGGUCGAGUGAGCGCGACGACGACCGCAUAUCGUUCAAGAUUGCCGGGCUCAGCAUUCUCCACGAUCUGCUUCGAAAGCUCACGAGCAGCGCUGCGAAAUGCGAGCUUCUCCGCGUCUUGUACGAGCGCCUCGAAGUCGACGUCGAUGCUGGCUGCUUGUCCGUGGCGUACAAUGCAUGGCAAGAGCCGCGGGUCGUCUUUGCAUCACCGCUCUCGUCGUCGCCGCGCAAAAGCAAGCGACGUCGUGACAGUGACGCGUCACCGCUGCAGCUACUGGAGCGGGAUUUGCACGCAUUUCACGGUCAUGCAGAGCACGGCAAGCUCGCCAAGGCCAUCGAGAACCUCUACGUGCGCUCGGCCAAGAUCCUCGCGAGUGCUGAGAGUGAUCCGUUGCUCAAGAAGCGGGCUCUGACGCUCUGGACCGUCCACUUUCACGACGUCGGUCUGAUUCGCCGGGCGGGCAUUCUGCACAUCCUCGGCGACCUCUUGGCGACCGAUGCACCGCCAUUUGCCAUGAACGCGGCGGCCGACGUCAUUUACGGUAGCUCCCACGCCGCGCCCGCGCACAGUUGUCUGCCGCCCCGUCUCCGCCCCGUUGAGAAGCUCGUCGCCGGCGCGACGACGGCACGGAGCCUCCAUAAUGCAGCGUGGCACGUCUUUGGCUGGCUCGGGCGGCAGUUGAUGCUGUCGACCGAAGCGUCCACAGAGGCGCUCUCACGUCCGUCGUCGGCCAAACCGUCGCUGCACUGCACGUCGCCUCGGAAGCGGCUGUCGCUACCGCCAAAGCUUAUCUCAGCCUCGCUCGACGAGUCGCUGGCCCACACGUACAUGGUCGUCAUCGACGAGCUGCGUCGCGUCACCGCCCAGCUUGCGAGUUGGAAUGCACUGGCGCACAGUAUGGUGCAGUGCUUGGACGACAGCCAAGCCAUUCUUCUUGCGGACCCGAACGUGGUCUCGGGCACCAACGCCGUCUUCUUAUCGGCGAAGGAGCGCGCGUCGUUUGAUUGGAGCACGGACGGCUUUGCGAUAUCGCUCUUUCUCUACAUUGAGCGCGACGAGAAGGAGGCAAGUGCGACGUCGGGUGCGUCGAUGCUGCUGCUGGCCAAUGGCGAUGUUACUUCGCAUCAGCUUGCGCUUACCUUGUGUCUGGACGGUCGCGUGGGGCUGCAGCUGCGCAUCGAAAAGACGUCUGUGGAGGUCGCGGUGUUGUCGGCGCGACCACUCGUGUGGGGACACUGGACCCACCUUGUGGGCCGGUUCAACCCGACCUCGCGCUGCCUGGAGGUGUUUCUGAACGGGAUUCUCGAUGCUCAAAGCGACUGCAUCGAGACGACGGCCGACAAGUCAGUCCUGUCGCACCAUACGUUUACGGUGGGCGGGUUCGUGCCGUCGUCGGGCAUUCCGCCACCGCACCCGCCCCACUUGCUCCUUGACGACGUCGCGUUUCAUCUGCACGCACUCUCGGAGGAGACCAUUGGCGUCAUGGCGUUGGCGGGCUCGCUGCUCUUUCGAAUUCAGCAGCGCCAAGUGCUCGACACGUACUGCGACCAUUUGCUGUCGCUGCUCGUGGCGCCGUCGCGCGCACUCCCGCCCGUCGACGACGUUGUGAGCCUUGUUGUGGCACUCUUUCCGGUGGCGCCACCGCGCAGCCACGACAAGCUGUUUUCAUUGCUGACGAACCUGCUGCCCGCGCUCCCACCUGCCAGUGUACUGCUACGCGAGUCGGCGCUCUCGUUCAUGCUGCAGUGCUACAGCUCGGCAUGGUUUGGGUCGACGUACGACACGUACGGACCCCCGGGCCUCUCGGCCGCGCUCUCCACCCGCAAAGACUCGGUGUUGCUGCACUUGCUCAACGCCCGGCAGCUCGACCCCAACGGCGUUGCAACCUGGCUCCUCUUUGAACAACCGGUGAAGGCCAAGUCGUUGCCGCUGCUCCGAGCGUCGCGGGCGCGACUGGCGACCGGCGUCGUGGCGUUGCUUGCGCACCUGCUGCAGUCGCCCUUGUGGCAACCGACGCUUCUGGCGUUCUUGGAGGCGUGGAUCAAGAGUGCAGAGUCGUGGACCGGCCAGCGCGGAAGUCUUGCCGACACGGCGACGAUGGCCAAGGUCGUCCUCGCCGUGAACGUUGUGGCCGCAACACCCGGUGGCUACCCACUGCCCGAGCCUCUGCCAACGCUCGUCGCGUGGAGCUUGACGUCGCCUAUAAGCAUGGCCGGCCACGAAGCACCGACCACGGCGACCCCGGCAUCGUCGACGGCCGAGAUGCGCGAAGACAUUCAGUUGGCACAGCACGUGCAUUUGCGGUCGUCGCUGCUGCGGCUGUGCCGCCUCCAGGCCCAACACACGGCCGCCGUCGACGCGCUCUUGAAACCGGGUCUUAUCGGAUUUCUUCAGCUGGCGAUUCAGCCAUUGGCCGAAGCCGUCGCGACGGUGUUUGGGUCCGACUUUGAUAUCAUUAGCAAGCUCGAUACGGUGCAAGCGCUGCUCGAAUGGAUCCUCGACGACGCGGAGACGCCACACGACGGCGGCAGUAAGCGCCGAGCGGCGCUGGAAAUGCUCUCGACAGUACUCUUCGAACGGCUUCCGUACGUCAACCCGCGCGAAGUGGCGCCGUGGUGGCUCGUCAACGCAACGCAAAAGCUUCAAGUGCUCGGCGGCGACGUCGAAAUGGAAGAAUACCGCGUCAAGGGUCUGCAGCAUUUUCCCACCAUCAAGCUCACCGGCGUCUCGAUCACGGCGGGGACAGGCAUGUGGUUUUAUGAAGUCGUAUUGCUCACGGACGGCCUGAUGCAGAUUGGGUGGGUGGACACGGCGUUUGAAGCCAACGCGAUCCAAGGCCAAGGCGUCGGCGACCACACCAACAGCUGGGCGUACGAUGGGUUUCGGCGGAAAAAAUGGAACGUUGGCGCGCUCGAGUAUGGCGACCGGUGGCACGUCGGCGACGUUGUCGGCGUGCUCCUCGAUACGGACCGGUUCGAAAUGACCUAUUUUCUCAACGGCCGCAGCCUCGGCGUUGCGUUCGAGGGGCUGCAUCUGACGCACGCGCUCUUCCCGGCCAUGUCGCUCAACGUCGACCAAGCGGUGCAGCUGCACUUUGCCAAGAACCAGUUUUUGUACUGCCCGACGCUCGACAAUGCCAAAUUGCAGCCGGUGGCGAGUGCGAUCGUGGGCGGCGUCUGCGAGCACAGCCCGAGCAAAGGCCGACUGAGUGUCGAGACCGACCACGAAGCCGCGAUCGAUCGACGACGCACCGACCUCAUCGACGGUCUCAUUGGCCUCGGGUUUUCACCGGAAUGGGCGCUCCGGUGCGCGCGCGAGACGUCCCUUGACAUCAACGAGAGCGCUGCGAUCGCGUGGAUCAUGGAGCAGAUGGAGGCCGAUGCGCUGGCGGCGCGGCCGUCGCAUGCAAGCCACUACCGCAUGCACCACCUCCAACAACUCGACGGACUCGGGGGGCACGUCGACAAGCCGGCGCUGCCGACGGUGGACCGUCCGCAGUGGGCCGUGGUUGCCGACGCCGACGUGGCGGCUCCGUCGACCGAGCCCCGCAAUGCUCUCCUUCUCGACGAGACGUGCGAGGAGGUGUAUGCGGACGAGGGACUCGUCGUCCAUGACCCCAAGCUCCCGAGUACGAGCGAGAAGCGGUCCGUCGGCUUCAUCUUGAGCCUCGCCGACCACUGUCGCGACGACGAAAUCUUGCCGUUGUACGUCAUUGCCGAGACCGUUCUCUGCGUCUGGUCGGCGCAGGAGGCGACCCACGAGCUUUUUCGCAGCGGCAGUCUCGCGCGCGACGAGACAUUGGCCCAGCACGCGCCGCUCUUUCUACAGUACCUUCAGCGACGCCUCCUCGACGAGGCAACGGCCACCGACAACGGUGGUCCGUACGAAGCGCUGUUGCAGCAACUCUGCGGCACGUCGCCGGCCUUCUUUGAGCUCCUCGUCCGCGACCUGCUCGGCCACGUCCACCGAGCGACGGCCAAAGACAUGGUGUCCACACCGUUCGCACCGGGUCAUGCGAGCAACAGCGCUGGCCCCAACUUGGCGUGGGCGCGCUGGUUGGCGGCGGUUCUGCGCCGUCUCGCAACGAUAGACCCGACCCGGACCGAUGUGCUGUACGCACCGGCGAUUUGGCAAGAGCUCUGGGUGGCACUGAGUGCGACGGCCAACGCGACGGUGCGCCAUGCCGUCGUGUCGAUCCUAGUGACGCUUCUGAACGAGCUGCCGUCGACGACGAUGGAGGCGUUGCAGCUGCACGUGCGCGUCAAGCAUUUGAUCGAGUGGCUCGGCGAAAAGCUCCGCAAGACAAAACAAGCCCGCGUCCUCGCAUCCGCCUACACUCAGGCAAUCUUUGAGCUCACUAGUUGUCUCUACCGAUAUGUGAACCCUCGUACGUCGUUCCUUGUGGCCGCCCCGCCCGUCGUCUUGCCAGUGCUGCUUGUCGAGCACGUGACGUCGUCGACGGUCGUCUUGUCAUGCCCCGUUGACGGCGCGACGGCGCUUGAGCUCGCGAUGGAGACGGUGCACAGCAACGGCCACGUCGGUGUCUCGGACUUUAUCGAGCUCGUGGACCCAGUGGACUUGCACCGUCAUAUGCCGUACACGCUGUCGCACCUGCAGCCCGAGACCGUCUACCACGUCCGCUGCAUCUUUGGCGAGACGCGGUCGCCGGCGACGGUGCUGGAAACGCUACCGGAAUCGGUGCUGGAGCUGGAUCCGGCGGCGAUUGGCAGCAACCUCGAGCUCUUGCACCACAACAUGACGGCGCGCAACCGCAUCAACAAGAAGUGGCACGCGGUCCGCGCGUCGGUCGGCUUUACAUCCGGUGUGCACGCGUGGGACGUCCGUAUCGACAAGUGCGUCUCCAAAAACAUCUUUGUCGGCGUCUGCACCGCCGAUGCGUGCCUUGACAACUAUGUUGGCAGCGACGCCUAUGGGUGGGGUUUUCUCGCCAACAAGGCCGUGUGGCACAACAAAACCAAGCUGCAAACGUACGGCGACAUCUUCAAGCAAGGUGACGUCGUCUCGGUCGUCCUCGACCUCGACGCCGGGACGCUUGCCUUUGCGCGCAACGGCGACUCGUUUGGUGUUGCCGUCGAGAACCUCCACGGCACGCAUCAUUCGGUCGUCGCACCGGCCUACUUUCCGGCGAUCUCCAUGUACAACAAAGAUGACCAGGUGACGCUCUUGCCGUCGACGUCGGACGCACCGGUGCGAUCGGCGGUCGCUGGCGCGUCGACGGUGCUUGUUGCCCUCACCGCGCAUCACAAGCUGCUCGAAAUGACCGAGUCCCUCUCAUUGGCCUCGACCGCCGGGGCGUACGACCAUUGGUGCAAGUGGAUCCACCGAGCCGAGGCCGUCGUGACGCUUGACGACGGCGCGUGGCUGCUCUUGACGACGACCCACGACGCAUGUCUGCCAUUUGGCCUCUUUGCCGGUGACGUCAUCUUCACGUCCAAAGGCAUGUGCACGGUCCUCGGCGUCGCCAAGCACGAACUCUACUACUCGAUCGAGGCCCACGCGCCGACAGGGUCGCCCGAUGCGAUUGGCCGCUGGAAAGUGCAUCUAUGCAGGGACAUGGUCGGGCGGCCGAGCGAGUUUCCCGUGACGCGCCGCCAUGACGCGCCGCAUCCGGUGGCGCCGACCAGUCUCAGCCACGAAGCCUUCCUCGACGCGCAACGCCCGUGGACACCGGCGCUGGACGAAGCGCUUCUCCAGCAUGUGUAUACCACUGUGCACUUUCAGCGGUACACUAGCGUCUUUGACGUCCGAAUGACCGACUUGGAGCCGGUGCCGCUGGCACUGACACCGAUCGAAAGCGCAGCCCGCGUCGCCUGGCUCCGCUACCUCAACCUCCAAGCCCAAGUGGUCGUGCCGUGCGUCUCGCUCGCCGACGCAUCGAUGCAAUGCCUUCGCCGACGCCUCUUUCGCUUUCUCCCACUGCGCUUCGCCCGCGAUCUACUCAAGAAGACGGCGACCGCCACGACGUUGCCGGCGACGGCCGCCGACGAGCUCGACGACGACCCGCCCGACCUCAUCAAGUGCAACGUUCGCGCAUCAUCUCGGCCGAGUUUUCCGUUCUGGGAGACGAGUGGCGUCGACGCCGACGACACGAUCGACGACGACGAGGUCGACACCAAUGUCUUUAGCCAGCUUGCGGCGUUCUUGACGUCGGCGGCGACAAGGGAACUGCGCCGGCAGUACGCGCCACCACCGCCACCGUACGCCGAUGUGACGGCACCGACCGCAACGCGCACCUUCCGCGUGCACUGGGAGGCACCGGAUGCGACGCUGCCGCUCGAGCCCGCGGUGGCCUACGCCCAUGUACUCAAGGAAGCGGCGCGCGCCGUGCAGUCGCCAACGUACCCUCUCUUGGCGCCGACGCGACAGUCGUCGACGCUCUGGUUGAACAUCUCCUUCUUGCGACCGCGAUCGAACAGUCGUGCCGAUUGUUUUGCGCUCGGGCAGCUCGUUGGCAUUGCGUGGCGCAGUGACGUGCACCUCCCGUGGUACUUUGGCCCGCUGCUAUGGAAGUUGCUCGCGCGCGAGUCCGUAACGCUCGACGACUGGGCGCCAGUCGUCGACGACGACGCGACCGACGUCGCCGUUGCACUCGCCAUGCCCACCUGGUCGACGGACGACUUUGCAUCGCAUGCGAUUCCAUGGGACGGCGAGAUUGUCACGCUAGCGACGGCGCCUCGCUACAUCGCCGGCCUCCUCGACUCGCUGCUCACUCCGUACAAGCCGUACGUUGAAGCGAUGCAGCGCGGACUCGUGAGCAUCGUCCCGCCCACCUGCCUCGGCCUCUUCUCGGCCGCGACGCUCGCAGCCCACCUCUGUCCGGCCGCCAAGCUCCUCGCCUUGCAGGCCCGGACCCAGUACGCGGGAGGGUUGCGCCGGACGUCGGCGGUCGCUGCCUUCUUCUGGCGCAUCUUGCAUGCGCUGUCGCUGGACGAGAUGCACCUUCUCGAGCGGUUCCUUGUUGGGCCGCACUGGAGCCCGUACGGGACGCUGCAGUUGACGCUGUCGCCCGGCGACGUCCACGGCGGCGGGUAUCCUAGCGUCGAGCGGUCGGCCACCGAUGCGUGCGUGCUCGUGCUGCCGCUGUACCCGACGCAAGACAUGCUGCACAAGAAGCUGCUCCUGGCCAUGACGCAGUCGCCCGACCAGUACGACGACGACGAGAAUGACGACGCAGCGAGCGAGGACACGUAGCGAUGCGAAGGAGGCAUCUUAAAUUGACGUUACAUGAAGUCGCACUUGCCGCAGCACA